CACACUUAUUCCCCGUACUACUGCAAUUUGCGGACUAUGUUUCCUGGGGGCCCUACUCUGCAAGUGCUGCCAUUUGCACUACUGUAUGAUAGAUACCUGUUGUCGGCAUACUUUCCUGGUAUCCCACAUGCGCCAUGUCUAAGAAAGGCAUCCCGAAAAACCGGAAACCUACCACCGGCUCGACAAUGUACCUUCGUACUUUUUGCCGCGAAACGAGGCAGUAUCGUCAUUCGUCUUUCUUUACUUCCUUUGCUGCAAACCGUCCGUGCUCGAGGGACAAACACGAGCUCGACUAUCCUACAAUUGGGAUGAAAUCAUGACCUUUUGUGGGGCGAUCAGCAUUGCGCAGAGUAGAACUUGGAAAUAAAGGAAGGAAGCGUGCAUUGGCUCAGUGGGGGUGGAGGGGGUUCCAGAUAAUAGCAUUGCAAGUUUUGAAAUCUGGGGAGGAAGUCCGGGGCAAUGGAGCAG